CGUAUUGACUACUACCACUGCAAGUCUGAUAAAGAUAACACUUCUUAAAUUUUAUUAUUCUGUAUUUUUCCGUGUUCAGUUAGUGAUGUUGCAACACGAACUUUAACUAUAGUUAUUGUGAUACGUGUGAAAAAUAGUUUUAAUAGUUCUACGUAGAAUAGUUUUUGUGACAGUGUAUUUGGGGAAAAUGUUUAAUUGUUUAUUUUGUGUGGUUAAUUAAAGUUUGUUUGUAAUUGGCUUUAGUUUUAUGGAUGGAUCAACAUAGCUGAGUGUAAUAAUAAAACGAGCGUUGAUCCAGCCAAUGCACAACAAAAGCCAAUUAUCUGUGACUACGUUUUAUCUUUAUCAACAUUUAAUUGAUAUCAAACAAAUAUAUCGGAGAAGUAAAUAAUAAAAGCAAUUAUAACGACUGCCACAUUGUCGUCCAUUGUGUUGUGUUGAACAGUGCAAGCCCGAGUGUUCGCGUCUCACUAGCUCCUACAAAAUGAAAAUAUAAAGAAACAACGUGAUUAACAGAAAGCUAGCGAUUAAUUGUGACAUCAUGGCAGAAAAACAAGAACAUGUAGACAAAAUAGAAGAAAAACCUUUAAAUAAGGAACAGGUGGAACAGAAAUACAAAGACAAGAGUUUUACAGACAAGUUAUGGCAUAUAAAGGACAACAUCACCGUCGAGCCUUUACUGGCAGGCAUGAUCAUACCUAGUGUUAUAUCACGAUUUGCAAUGACAAAUUUCAAUUUGGAUAAAGCCUGCAGAGUGUAUUUCGAAUUUGAAGACCAUAUUUGUGACGCCUUGAUCAAGAAAAACAGUAAUAACUACUCAACAUAUGAAAAAGAAGUGCAAAUGUUAAUAAGCUCUAUUGACAUCUGGAAAAGUAUAAUUCAUACAGGAUUACCUUUCAUAUUGAUAAUGUUUUUGGGCGCAUGGAGUGACAGAACUGGGAAGAGAAAACUUUGCAUUAUGCUUCCGAUUUUUGGUGAAUUGUUAACGUCAUUGAAUAACUUGGUGAAUGUUUAUUUCUUCUACGAAAUACCAGUUCACGUUACAGUGUUCUUAGAGACGUUCUUCCCGGCUAUAACUGGGGGGUGGGUGACAAUGUUCCUCGGCGUCUUUAGUUAUAUCAGCGACAUAACUUCUGAAAAAUCUCGGACCUUCAGAGUUGGCCUUGUUAACAUCGGUAUGACUGUUGGACUUCCGAUCGGAAUUGGCUUCAGCGGAUACCUGUUGAAAAUUCAAUUGGGAUAUUAUAGCAUAUUUUCUUUGACUACCGUCCUGUUUGCUGCUGUACUUCUUUAUGGAUGCACUUGUUUAAAAGAACCAGAUCAGUGGCUACAAGAACGAGGAAAACCUACUAUAGCGAGAGCCGACAGCAAAGGAGUUUCGUUUUUCGAUGUAACUCACGUACUGGAUACAAUGAGGGUGGCGUUUCGGAAGAGGCCCUCAAAUCGAAGGGUCAAAGUGCUUCUUACCCUGGUAGCUGUGUUCAUACUAUUCGGGCCUUCUAUGUCGGAGUACAACGUCUUCUACCUGUUCGUGAGGAACCAGCUCAACUGGACACCGGCGAAGUAUUCCUUCUACGCCAGCUACUCGAUAGUCCUUCAUUCCAUCGGCACAAUGUUCUCGAUAACAGUUCUUAGCAAGAAGCUACAGAUUGAUGACUCCCUGUUGUGCUUCGUGUCUGUUUUUAGCAAAUUCGUGGGCUCUAUCUGGACAGCCUUCGUUACAUCCGACAUGGAAUUGUAUAUCAUACCUGUGGUGGAGUUAUUAUCUGGAACUAUAUUUACGUCGCUACGCUCAAUCUUAUCCAAGUUGGUCGACAAACAAGAAACCGCUAAGGUGAACUCCCUGUUCUCCCUCACGGAGACGCUGGCUUCUCUGAUCUUCAACCCCAUAUAUGCCUGGCUGUAUAAGAACACGCUGGAUGUCCUGCCUGGGGCCGUGUUCCUCACAAGCGCCAUUCUGAUAAUACCCGCUGCCGUUAUACUUGUAUACUUUUUCACACUUCACCGAAUAAGCUUGAGAAAAGCAAGAAAGAAAGCUUUAGAAGCAGAAGGGAAGAAAGAAAUUGAAGCUGCCAAAAUCUCUGAGAAGCCGCCAUUGCCAGAAAAUAAUGCUAAGUUUGACUCAACACGUUUGUAGAUGGUUUAAGCAUGAAAGACUGAAAUGAAAAGUUAACCAAAGAUAUUCUUCGAUUAACUUUUCAUUAAUCAAAGAAUAUCGCCCGUAAGAUAAUUCCGAAGGAUCCCUUGGGAAUCUUUAAGAUACCAUAUUUUGAGUCUGGACAAAGGUAUAUAGAAAAAUCUAUAUCUUAAUUAUAGGUUCUGAAUAUCUUCGGAGCUCAGUAUACGCAUUAAAGUUAUAAAGUCCCUAUUCUAUUUAUUUAAUUUUAUAUUCGGUUUAAUAAUUCAAAGAAACUACCUAGUUAUUUAUAUCUUCGAAUGAAGCGACUUAUAUAAUAAUGACCAAACUUCACGAAGUUCGUUUGUUCUUAUAAUAUUCGACGGCCGACGCCAUGCCAGGUACCCAAUGAUUUGCACAAACCUUGAAAAUCUUCAAAUCAAAACUAAAUGAAUACACAUUUUGCUGAUGUAUCUCAUUCAAAAUAUAAAUAAUAAGCUUUUAUAAAUUUAGAAGGUUAAGUUAAAUAAACAAUUACCUAUUAUGUUAGAAGCGCCGUGCUGGACAGUUUUAGGGACUGGGUCUGAAAUAUUGACCUUGAGACAAACUGGGGUGCAUGAACAGACGUUUUACCUCACAGAGUCACAGCUCACUAGAGCUACUGGACAACCAGAGGUCUACCUAUAGGGUAGCAAGGUUAGCAAAAUCACUGGCACGGCUCGAAGGGUCCUCAGCCCGCGGAGUAUUCUAUUUGAUGUAUAUGAGUAUUUUAUUAUUGGUAUGAUUGGUUUUUUUCUGUAGCCUUAGCCAAUGAAUUCGCCAAGGGCCUCAAAUAGAAUAGUUACGCCACUGUGUUACUUAACCAGUAGUUCUGCGUCUCGAGUCGACGCCGCGUUGUCAACUGUCUCCAAGUGUCUUAAAAUUGCGUGGUCAACAGUAAACCUCAGAAGGAUCCAAGUGAAUUUCACGUGAUCAGCGAAUGUACAUCGUGUGGACCACAAAUGUAUACAGACGAGUACAUACAAGUAAAUCAUAUAAUCCUUGCGUGAAUCAGUUGCGGUCAGCGCGUGUCACUUGGUGCGGUAGCAUUGUGCAGAUUAGCUAGUAGGCACAAUUAGUUAGCUUGUUAAGUCCAAAGAAAUUCAAAAUUAGAAUACUAGCCGCAUUAGGACAAGCGGUAGGUCUGUAGAUCAGGUGCUGGUUGGCUCUAAUGAGCUAUAACUUUAUUUUUGACAAAUUUUUGUAACGCAUUUUGUGCAGAGUCUUUUGUGUAUAGUUUUUCUUUGAUGUAUUUAUUCUUUCUCAAUGAUUUUUUUAACCAGAGUAGUUAUAAGUCACUGUAAAUAAUUAUCAGUUCACUGUACAUAGGACAUAAUCCUGUUAUAUACGAGUUACAAAUUAACUACAAUAACCUUUUAAUCUUGGUCUUUAAUAAAAUUCUGUAUAAUUCGUCGUAAAUACUGGUCUGGGUCAUUUAAAUCUUAAUUGUAAAAAAAUACAUUGUAUCAAAAAUUUACCUAGUGAGAUUAAAAUCCUUUAUCAAAACCUUAUCUACUUACUUAAUAUGUAUUUUAGUGGCCUUACUGUCAUUACUAGUAUUAAGGUUAAUUUGUAUAUCUCGAUAAUUUGUUAAGUUCAUGUUCUAUAAAAUGUAAUUUAAGGUUUUUAAGCAAGUAUAAUAGUUAAAUUGUUAUAGGUUAGAAUAUGUAAGUAUGGAUGUCAUGGCUUAUCUAAAAGUCUAUAGUAUUUCUACAUGCAAUGCAUGCAAUUUUGUGACUUUUAAAGUUCAAAAUAAUUAUAUCUAGGUACAUGUUAUUAAAGUUACUCUACUAAAUGGUUUAAUUUUAGAUGUAGUAGUAACUAACUUAUUACUUGCUUACUACUAGUAAGUAGGUAAUUUGACAGCAAAAACGCCUUUGUGUAUGCAAUAACAUAAAAAAUUUAAAAUUUUGAAAAAUCCCCGAAAUUAUUAAUUAAGUAUACUCUCGAUUAAGUUAUCAAUAUUCUACUUAGCCGGCUGAGAAUAUGGAUCCUUAAAACCAUCUACCUCCUAAAGCUCCCAGGGUCCAAUCUCCAUAAUUGGGUACCUUACUUACCUAUACUGAAAAAGAAGAAAUGUAAGAGCUGACAAACUUUUAGCAUUUAUAAAAUGUCUAAGGUUGGGUUCAUGGGCUCUUAGACUAUUAGUUUCACUCACAAAUGUGUCUGUCUGUUCACCUUACCACUGCAAGCAAAAUCAAACCUUCUUCCUAAAGUAGAAUAUCUAAAGCACUAUACUAGUAAUUUUAAUUUAGUGUUGAAUUUUCCGUUCAAAAAUUAGAAGUCUGGAACAUCUAGGUUCUAUUUUAGUAAUAUAAAUAGAAAAUAAAUAGAAAAAGCUAAAUUAACCACUAAUAGACAUUGUUUAGUAAUUACUGUUAUCUCGAUCUUUAAUAAUAAUUAUUUCUUUAAUACUCAACGAUAACAAACCAACAUAUUUUAAUUUUUAUUAUUAUUAACACAGAUUGUAUCACAAAAGGACCAGACAGUUAAUACAAUUUGUGGUAUGUAAAGUGAUAUGACUUAUAGUGUAAAAUAUUAAAGUAAUUUGUUAAAUCAA